AUGCCUAACAGAUUCAUCUACCGGGACCUGGACCUCUACAUCCACUACGUAGACGCAUACAUGAGAAAGCACACCGAAAACGUAUUCGAAAGAAUACGAACACACGCCUGUCCAGCGCUGCGUGACUUACAUGAAGCGUUCAACAGGGAUGACUCCAGAUUUCGCGAAGGGGAUGAACACAUGAGGCCCACGAAGCAGAACCAACGACCACCUUCGAGAGUCGCUCCGAGAUAUGUGAUUAUAAUUAAUUCAUUAUUGUUUGGCCUUCUUAACUAUGUUGAUGAUCAAAUUGGUUUCAGCUUAGAAAUGCAAAUCACAAACUCAUGGGGUUAUAUCCAAGAUAAUGGUCGGUUUGACGGAUUGGUGAGCUUGCUUGAAAGGAGGUUGGUGGAUUUUGGUAGUUCUCCCCUUUUAUUCAAAUUAGAUAGAAUGCCUUAUGUGGAUUAUAGUUAUGGAAACUGGAUUUUGAGAUCAACUUUCAUAUAUCGUAGGCCGAAGAUUACUCAGAAAUCUUACGAAAUAUUUUUGAGACCUCUGGAAAAGGAUGUUUGGAUAACCAUUAUGUUUCUAUUAGGGGCCAUUUUGAUCGUUUUAAAAAUGGCUUUCUCGAAUGAGAUGAAGGAGUUCAGAAAGGAACAUUUGGGAGUAGAUGCGUCAUGGAGUUUUUUAGUGCUGUUUACUUUAGGAGCAUUUUGCCAACAGGGUGCAACUUGUUAUCCAAGACUGUUCAGUAGCCGAAUACUGUCAGUAUUCGUUUUCCUCCUUUGUAUACUGGUUUAUCAAUUCUACUCAGCAAGUAUUGUCUCUUACUUGCUAUUAGAUCCUCCUCGAACAAUAUUUAACUUGAAAGACCUGCUUGAAAGCCAGUUACAAGUUGGGAUUGAAGAUAUUCUAAUUGACAGGAACUAUUUUUUGCAAACCACAGACCCAGAUGCUAUAAAUUUAUAUGAGAGUAAAAUCAAAGGCACCGCAAAUUCCUCUGGAUUUUACACACCCUCCGAAGGUCUUGAUUUAGUGAGGAAAGGAGGUUUUGCUUUCCACGUUGAAACGAGUACGGCUUAUCCAAUAAUAGAGGAAACUUACACGAAUCAAGAGAUUUGUGAAUUAGACGAAGUGCAGAUGUAUAGAACGCAACCUAUGCAUACCAACCUGCAGAAGGAUUCUCCGUUCAGGGAAAUGAUGAACUAUUGUAUGCUCAAACUGGUUGAAAAUGGGAACAUGGAUCGUUUGAGAAAACACUGGAAUUCAAGAAAGCCAACCUGCAUUCAGUCAGCUAAAAAACAAGAAAUUCAUGUCAGUUUAAGCGAGUUUUCGUGUCCCCCUUUAGCUCUAUGCUGUGGAAUACUUAUUUCUAUGAUAUUCCUAAUCAUUGAAGUCGCCCCUCAACAGAAAAAUCCUCUGCUGAAAGUCUUCAAGAAACCGAAAAAAAUGAAAACAAAAUCUAAGGUUUAUCCGUAUAUGGAGUGACUACAGUUCUAGACGGUGAAUAUUUUUAAACAUUUGUAGAAUGCUGGAUGUAGAUAUGCAUUGAAAAACAGUUGAACUAAAAAUAUUAAAUAUAUUUUGUUCACAUUUGCUUCAAGAAUAAAUCAUUCAUUCACUAAGGGUUUUUUUGUUUACCUAUAUACGCCUUACCUUUCAACUGAACAAUUGAAACAAUUCCUUUUUAUGCAAGUUACAGAAUGUAAUGGGUGCAUGUGAAUAAGUUCAUUAUGGACGUACUCUUAAUGAAAUUGGACGAUACUUCAUGAAAAUCGAUGAUAAUGAACAUUGUAAAAUUAUUCACACAGUUUACGAUACGGCAAAAGAUGUUCCACUGUACAAUUAAUUUUUCAAUAAGUUGUUAUUGGAUGUUCCAAAUAUUUUUCUAGGCGUUUCUUGCAGGCUCUGUAUGAUCUUGGAUCUUUUCUCACGCUCAAAUUAUGAUCGAUAUCCAGAUAAUUCAGUUCAUUUGGCGUAACUUUGGGCCAACUUUUAUUCUCCAGUAUGGGAUCACGGUUAGGGGUA